AUACUGUAGCACAUAAUAAUCCAAAAUCAACGUUUGGGUUUAGUGCUCAUCACCAUGAUAGUAUUCCAUCUGUAAAGCAACACCCCCCCUUUCGUUUCUUGGAUCCUCUUCAAUUUUCACAUCACACCCAACGACACCCUCACCCCCAUGACCAGGGUAGUCUUCUUCCAUCCUUAGCUUUGUCCUUCUUCGCUCUUCUUCUUCUGAACCAGCCGUGACCGAAUACCAACCUCGAGAACCCAGAAGGGAAAAAGAAACAACCUUUGAUCGUUUCGUCCUCACCCCGACAAUGCCUUCAAGACAACUCCCUCCAUCUCCUAACCUCGUAGCCCAACCAACCUCCUUCGCCAGGACCAAAGUCCUGUUCUUAGUCCUCAUCAUAUCUUCCUCUGUUGUCAUCCUCCUGGCUGUCCUCUACUUGCUCUACCAUUUCUACUACUCCCUUCUCAACCGGACGAGGACCAUCCCUUUCGACUCCAGCACUCCCCUCAAGCUCCACCGGUUCUCCUACCGGGAGCUCAGGUCCGCCACCGGCGACUUCGACGAGUCCAACAUCGUCGGCAAAGGCGGGUCCGGGACGGUCUUCCGGGGCCUGCUCAGGGACGGCAAGUCCAUCGCCGUCAAGAGGCUCGAUGGUCUGUCUCUCGAGACGGAGCGGGAGUUCCAGAACGAGCUCCAGAUCCUCGGCGGGCUGCGGUCUCCGUUCUUGGUGACCCUCUUGGGCUACUGCGUCGAGAAGAACAAGCGCAUACUCGUUUACGAGUAUAUGCCGAACCGGAGCCUGCAGGAGUCCAUCUUCGGGGAAGGGCAGUCGGGCUUGAGCUGGGAGAUGCGGUUUGCUAUCAUACUCGAUGUUGCUCGGGCCUUGGAGUUCCUCCACCUCGGGUGCGACCCGCCUGUGAUUCAUGGGGAUGUGAAGCCGAGUAAUGUCCUUCUUGAUUCCGAUUUCCGGGCGAAGGUGUCAGAUUUCGGGUUGUCGAGGAUGAAGGUGGAGGGAGAGUUUGGGCUGGAUUUGUUCAGUCAGGAUUUGGGGAGGAGUCAGGAGCUGUGGAAGAGCCAAGAGCUCUCGGGAGCUUUGGCUCCCGAGACUCCCGUUAUUGGCACCCCAGGCGAACGUGUUGAUAGCCCUCAGGAGGUAGAUUUCGCCCUCGCCUUGCAAGCUUCUUCCUCGUCGAAAACGAGUCGGACGACAUACAAUGUUAAAGCUCUGAGCUUGAAUUCUGCUAAUUACAAUGCUAACAUUGAGGGUGAGAGUGAUGUCUGGGGAGGGAGCGGAAAGGGUAAGGAGGUCUCGGUGGUCGAUAUUGGGUGCGACGAAUGGAGCAACAAGUUUGUUCCAUACAGUGAUGAGCUAUUCGGCUUUAACCGUGCGAAGGAUGUGAAUUUGAACGCUUGUUUGAGUGCUAGCGAUGCUUCGGGUGGGAAACAGUGGGGAAAGGAUUGGUGGUGGAGACAGGACGGGAGCGGAGAACUGUGCAGUAAAGACUAUGUCAUGGAGUGGAUCGGGAGCCAAAUCUGCCCGUCAACAAACCCUGAUUGGGAUGACGAUGAUAAGAAGAGCAUUCCUGAGAAGACCGAGCAGAGCAGUUCUCCCCAGUUAGAUAGAGCGGAAAAUGUGAAUGUACCUCAAGUUCGACAUCCUGCGCUGGAACUUGACAAGAACGAUGACUCCAAGGGCGAGAAUAACUCUACAAAGAGGCACCGGAAGAUGCAAGACUGGUGGAAAGAGGAGCGAGUGGCGGAAACUAGGUCGAAGAACAAGAGAAAAGGCAGUAGUAAGUUGAGAAAUCUCAGAGUGAAGUGGAAGAAAGGCUUCAAGUUGCCUCAUUUCGGCCUGGGACGUCGGUUUCACUUUUACAGGAGGAAAAAGUUUGGUGAUCAGAACGGGAAUGAUUUGGAGGCAGAUGGAGAGUUCAGUUUCCGGAGAGGUUGGAAGAAGAAGAGCAGCCGUUCCAAUGGGAGCGACAUGUGGAGUGGAGACCUAUUCAGCCGAGAGCUUAGCAGCACGACGAGCAUGAGAGGGACCCUCUGUUAUGUGGCUCCAGAAUAUGGAGGUUGCGGUUACUUAAUGGAGAAGGCCGAUGUUUAUAGCCUCGGAGUAUUGAUCCUUGUGAUCAUAUCAGGCAGAAGACCUCUGCAUGUCCUCGCCUCUCCUAUGAAGCUCGAGAAGGCGAACCUGAUAAGCUGGUGCAGACAAUUAGCCCAUGCGGGAGAAGUCCUCGAGCUUGUGGACGAGAAGCUAAAAGGCGAGUACAAUAAGGAGCAGGCGAGCCUGUGCAUAAAUUUAGCACUGACUUGCCUGCAGAAAAUGCCUGAGCUGAGGCCCGAUAUUGGAGAGAUUGUUAAGAUAUUGAAAGGGGAGAUGGAUCUCCCACCAGUACCGUUUGAGUUCUCUCCCUCCCCUCCUUCUAAAUUAUUCGGUAAAUCCAGGCGAAAAGAGAAGGCAAGCGCAGACUGAGCUUCGUCGCGAGCUCGCCUACGAAAUUUGUUCAAAACUGAUUUCUAACAAGUAGCUUGGGUCUGAGAUUGCUGUUUCUGAUGUUAUUUACUUGCUGAUGCCUGACCAUUUUGUUCUGAAACUGUUAAUUGUCAGUCCCCAUUUUGUAGUAUGAGUUAUCUUGUAAAUAGUUAUUUGUACUCUGCAGAGAAGAAAAUAUUAGUUUUUGUGAUGAAUAUACACGAAUUUUCUUCA